UUGCAAUGUAUUAGUUAUUAAAAAUUAAUAAAAUUUGCUAUUUUUUUUAGUUUAACGAUAUAGUAACGCCAUCUAUAGAAGACAAGUAAAAUAUAGGGCCAUCUAUUAGAGAAAAUCUUGAAACUUAAUUUUUUUCCAAUUUAUUAUUUUUAAUUAUUCUAGUAUAACAUUUCAUUCUAAAUUUAUUCUUACUUACCUUAUAUUACUAAUCUUUGUUAUAUUUUGAAAUAUUUUUUAUAAUAAUUCUUUUAUAUAAUUACAAAAGCGUGAUUGAACCAUAGGCUAUAUGAAUUAUAAUGAAGGGUAUAUGAAUCUUUUAGUUAAAUAGAAUACAUAUAUAAAAUGCGAGACAGUGAAGAAUUUAAACUCGUAACUAAUCGAAAGAAACGUACACCUAAAAUUCGAACUAUAUGUCAUUCAAGUACAUUUUUAUCUACUAACAAUGACAAUGAUGGCGAUCACAACAUUAAUUACGAAACAGUUUUUGGAAAAUUGCUAAAGGCCGAAAUUGAGCUGAAAAAUUCAUCAUUUGCUGAUAAUGUUUUUCAUUAUUUGAAAGAUUCAUUAAACGCUUUAGAUGGCAGUGAUAUUUCUGAUAUAGUGUGCUAUGGUUUGGGUCAUUUUUUUAGUCGCAGAUCUUCUAAAUAUCAAUUAGCACUACUUUUGUUUUUGAAAAAACAUUUUAAUCCUCAAGUUUAUGUAUAUGAUCCGAUUUUUUCUUCCAAAGAAAUUGAGUUUCUAAAAAAACUUGAUUUCAAUGUUAUAAAAAUUAAUGAAGAAGGCAAACGCAUUAUAUGUGAUAAUAUUACUUUAGUGUAUAUGCCACAUUGUUCAAUACAUUUAAUUAAUAAUUUUCUUUAUGCUAAUUGGUGUAAAAAGUUAAAUAAAUGCAUUCUUUUAACAAAUAGCUUUUCAAUUGUGGCAGAUAAUUUUAGAAAAACAAAUAAAUCUAGUUCUAUUGAUUAUAUCUUGCGUAUACAACCAUAUGUAACAGAAAUUGUUUUACAAAAUAAUUUUAUAUAUGAAGAAGUAUUUAAUGAUUUAAAUAUUCAUAUAUUUCUUGAACAGAAUAUUAGUAAAAUUCCUCAAAGUUUUUGGAACAAACAAGAAAAACCUUGCUAUCAAGAUAUUGAAAUUGAUUAUUUAACUGCUAAACAAACUGAAGAAAUAGAUACUAAGAAUUUAUUAGAAGAAAGAUGAAACCAAACGCAAAAUUGCUUCGUUCGCUCAUACAAGAAAUUCGACGAACGUCAUCUGAACAAAAAGCAAAAAAUAAUAUUAUGAUACAGUAUAUUUUGGAACAAGCAAAAUCUCAUCAAGAAACUUCUGAAGUCUUGUGCAAAGC